CCUGCUUUGAAUCUCAAAUACACAGCGGAACUGACCCAAUAUGCCAUACAAACAAGCAGUUGUUCACCUUCUACUGCUAAUCCUCAGCCAAUACCAGAAACUUACAAAGUAACAAAGACAGGUAAUAAGAGAAAAGUUGUUGAAAAGGUUCAAAGUAUAGAAUGUGGUGUGUUUGAUCUAGAUGAUUGGAUUCCUGAUUAUGAUGAUCAAAAUAUUUUGGUGAAGAAUCUCAACAUUCAGAUACCAAACCUUGCCAGAACUAAGAUGCAGCCAACUUUCCAUACCUGUACUUUACAAAACGUUUUCAUAUUGGUAUUAAAGAUAUUCAAUAAUGACCAAGAAGAAAUUGUUCCAAAGGGUGGUGAAAAAUCUGGAUCUUCGUUGUUCAAUAAGAUGGGUUUAUCCAAAAGUCCUAAUACACCUAAGGCUACUGUCCAGGGGACUGAGACUCUAAAGAUAGAGAUUCCAAUUACAAUUUUAUCUUGAUUAGAUUUAAUAUAACCAGUUUGUUUUGUUAAGCUCUGUAUACUUUUAUCAAAUUCGAGGGCAUUGAUCCCGGAAGUGUUCAAGAUGCUGUUUUCCGCGAAAAUCGCCAUCAAACGUUCUUUGGACUUCGAAUCGAAACGACAACGAAUUCAACUUGGAAAUUAAACUUAUAAACACCACCCAAACGUUUUGAAAUCACUGAUACACAAUGGCAGAAUCAAACGAAAUCACAGUCCAUAU